AUGCGCCAUUUCCGAUUGGAGUGUAAAAAGAAAACGACAUUGAAGGAAGGUACUCUCAAAGGAUCAUCUCAGAUUGAAAUCUGUUCAGCAUUUCAUCAGAAUUUCACGUAGAAUAUCUGGGUAAUUGACUGUCUCACUGAUUGUUCGGUGGUAAAUUGCUGCGUGUCAUCGUGACUUACAGAUCUGACGUUGUAAAUGAAAGUGUUGCAGCACUGUGUGUACUGUGUGCGUGGAUUUGGACCUUAAAUAUCUUGAUUCUUUACAAGUGCGAUCGACUUUCAACUUCAAUUCCCGUUCUGUUAGGUUACAGAGACAUCACGGUACCAUCUGUAUUGCUGGGAGAAGUGCGAUUUGGAACAGUUGCUGUUCUUUUCGAAAAGUGGCGAAAGAAAGAAAAGUCUGAUUCCUCGAUCGGAUAAAGGGGGAAUGUGAGAAAAAUCAACGAGCUUCGUAGAGUCGUGUAAUCUGCCUUGCGUGUAUGUGCGUGCGUGUGUACUAACCGGAGCUGUCAUAAAUGUACACAUUCUAUAUAGAUUGCACGAUCUAUGCUCGGUUAGUGGGCCGAUUUACUCAAGACAAGUGAUCGUAUCUGACGCGCGGCAGUGAAUUGACAUUAAUCAUCGUCGCGCGGUGUUGUGCGCCCCAUCGACCGUCUAAAGAGCCGCAUUCUUAUUCGACGGCGAGCUUCCUCACGCUAGCAGGUUAACCGUUGAAAAUUCACAGUUUUCAUCGUAUAGGUGAUCAUGGCUAAUCGGGGUACAGCCCAAAGGCCAAAUGGUUCAACACAAGGGAAAAUAUGUCAGUUUAAAUUGGUAUUGCUUGGAGAAUCUGCUGUGGGAAAAUCAAGUUUGGUCUUGAGGUUUGUGAAAGGGCAGUUCCAUGAGUAUCAAGAAAGCACUAUUGGAGCUGCAUUUUUAACACAAACUGUGUGCCUGGAUGAUACAACUGUAAAAUUUGAAAUUUGGGAUACAGCAGGACAAGAACGUUAUCACAGUCUUGCACCAAUGUAUUAUCGUGGUGCACAGGCAGCCAUUGUUGUAUAUGAUAUAACAAAUCAGGACACAUUUGUACGUGCCCAAACGUGGGUGAAGGAAUUGCAACGACAAGCCAGUCCAAGUAUAGUUAUAGCCUUAGCUGGAAAUAAAGCCGACCUUUCAAAUAAAAGAGUUGUAGAAUUUGACGAAGCUCAAACUUAUGCUGACGAAAAUGGCCUUCUUUUCAUGGAAACUUCAGCCAAAACUGCAAUGAACGUUAACGAUAUAUUUUUGGCAAUUGCUAAAAAACUUCCAAAGAAUGAACAAUCAGGAAGUGCAAGUACAAGUGGUCAAGGUCGCCGAUUAGUUGACACAGAAGGACAAAAGGCAGCAACUGGCAAUUGUUGCAAGUGAUUAUCCAAAUCUAUUUGUACCAUAAUCAACAAGUAUAAAUACACCAUGAGUGUGUCUACAAUGAAUAUAUAUUUGAGUGGAAUAUAAAACAAUGGGAAAAACCACUAUAAUGGAAUGGGAGGUGAACUGUGCAGGACGAACAUUUUUCCUGAGUGAAUAAUGAAAAAAAAUGUGUGUAUCACAUUGCAUUCGACGAUAUAUCAUCUAUUUUGAGUAUCAGAACUGUCAAAAAAAGAAAGAAGAAAAAGAGAGAGACAGAGACAGAUUAAGCUCCCAUUUGUAAUUCUAGUAGUAAUGGGCGGUGUUCGUUAUAAAUAUAUAAAUAUAUAGGUGUGUGUGUAUAUAUAUAUAUGUAUAUAUACACAUGCAUAUAUAUAUAUAUACUUAUAUAUAUAUAAAUAUAUAAAUAUAAUUAUAAUAUAAAUCAUAUAUAAUAAAUAUGAUUUAUGUAAUAAGUAAUGUUAAUGGUAAAAAGUAAUAAUGAUAAUAUUAAUGGUAACAUUGAUAAAUAAUAAUAACAUUAAUGUUAGUAACGAUAAUAUACGUUUAAAACAUACAGUGUAUGAUGAAAUUUUGGCACGCGAAACGUCUUGUAAGAUAGUACGCCAUUCCUGCUGCUAUGAUUACCUAUGUAUUUACUUUCUUAGUUUGUAAACAUGUAUAACAAAUUCUUGCUCUGAAAUAUAUUGUAUAUUAAUUUUAUUCAAUAAUUCAUGAUAAAUUAUAAAUGAUUACGCAAGAAAAAAUAAACUUGUGAAUAUUA